GACACUGAUGACUGUUAUCCAAACCCGUGUCUAAACAACGGAACAUGUAUAGACGGGGUGAAUGACUACAAGUGCAGUUGCGUGCCUGGCUUUGAUGGGAAGAAUUGCUCAAAUAGUAAGCCGUUUAAAAUCAUUCUUUGCAUUAAGAUUUUCAGUUUCAGUCUGAACAGUGAAUGGUAAUCGUGUUCCAAGUAAAUAGGUGCACGCCCUCGCACAUUUUUUUUUUGGUGUAGUAGUUUUUCAUAACCUAAGUUAGAGAUAUAAAGGUUUCUUAUUUAUUUUUUUAAAACUAAAUAAUAGGACUAUCCCUAAAAGGCAAAUCAAUGGAUAAUUUUUUCUUCGCCAUUACUGAUUUGGGUAAGAUUAGUUUCUUCAGGUUACACGGGAAAAGGCAAAGCAAUACAUAAUUAUCCCUUGGUUAUUACCCAUGUUUGGGCAAGAUUACUUUUAAAAGAAUUUUUUUCUGGAGUACCCAUGUAGAUUAAAACUGAUUGCAGUCAUUAUUAAAUGCUCAAUGUGAAUCUUGUAUAGUUAUGUUGUCCAUGUACAUAUAAAUGUUUAAUUGUGGUCAAUCCUAACCAUGUCUUUCUCUCCUUAGAUACUGAUGACUGUUAUCCAAACCCGUGUCUAAACAACGGAACAUGUAUAGACGGAGUGGAUGAGUACGAGUGCCUUUGCGUGCCUGGCUUUGUAGGGAAGAAUUGCUCAAAUAGUAAGCCUUUAAAACCAGUCUUAGCAUGAAGAUUUUCGGAUUCAGUCUAAACAGUGAAUGGUAAUCGUGUUCGAAGUGAAUUGGCCAACGACCUCGCUCAUUGUUUUUGGAAAAGUCGUUUUCAAUAAGUUACGGAUAUAAACUUUCUUUACUUCUUUUUAAAAUUAAUACUAGGACUACCCCUCGAAUGCAAAUCAAUAUAUAAUAAAACGUUGGCUAUUACUAAUUUAGGCAAGAUUAGUUUCUUCAUGUUACACAGGAAAAGGCAAAACAAUACAUCAUUAUGCCUUGGUUAUUAAAACAGAUAAAUAAAUAAAUAUACCGUUUAUUUGCCACAUUGCAGAACUAACUGAAUUAAAAGGCUAUUAAUUAUUAAUUAACAAAUAAUGAACACUACUACUACUAUAGAAACAAAAGAAAUAUCUUGAAUAACUAUUUACAUAAUCACAUAUUUACUAGUCAAUGAAAUAGAGGAACCUGAAUGCUGGGUUAGGCAACAACUCCUAACUAAUUUGGGCAAGAUUACUUUUAAUAAAAUUAACUUCCCUUGUAGAGUGGCCAUGUGGAAUAAAACUGAAUGCCGUCAAUUAAUGUGCAAUAUGAAUCUUGUAUGGUUAUUUUUCCGUCUAGAUAUGGAUAUUUUAUUGUGGUCAAUCCUUACCAUGUCCUUUUCUCCUUAGACACUGAUGACUGUUAUCCAAACCCGUGUCUAAACAACGGAACAUGUACAGACGGAGUAAAUGACUACACCUGCAUUUGCGUGCCUGGCUUUGUAGGGAAGGAUUGCUUUAAUAGUAAGCCUUUUAAAAUCAAGUGUUACUAUUAAGUUUUUCGUAUUCAGUCUGAACUGUGAAUGGUAAUCGUGUUCCAAGUGAAUAGGCGUACGAUGUAGCUCGUUUCUUUUAGAAAAGUCCUUUUGCAUAGGUUACAGACAUGAAAAGUUUUCUUACCUUUUUAAAAAAUUAAUACUCGGACUAUACCCAAAAGGCAAAUCAAUACAUAAUUAUGCCUUGGUCAUCACCAAUUUGGGUAAGGUUAGUGUCUUCAUGUUACACAGAAAAAGCAAAACAAUACAUAAUUGUGCCUUGGUUAUUACUAAUUUGGGUAAGAUUACUUUUAAAAGAAUUUUCCUUCUGAAUGCCGUCAAUUAAUGUGCAAUGUGAAUGUUGUAUAGUUAUCUUUUCCAUGUAGGUUUAGAUAUUUUAUUGUGGUCAAUCAUUACGAUGUCCUUCUUUCCUCAGACACUGAUAACUGUUAUCCAAACCCGUGUCUAAACAACGGAACAUGUAUAGACGGAGUGGAUGACUACAAGUGUACCUGCGUGCCUGGCUUUGUGGGGAAGAACUGCUCAAACAGUAAGGCUUUAAAAUCAAGUGUUAGUAUUGAGAUUUUUGGAUUCAGUGGGAACAGUGAGUGGUAAUCGUCUUCCGAGUAAAUCGCCGCACGACUUCGGUUCUUUCUUUUGGAAAAGUCGUUUUGAUUUAGUUACAAAUAUGAAGUUUCCUUACCUCUUUUAUAAAUUAAAACUAGGACUAUCCCUUUUCUUUUGGUGUGCUUAUGUGGAAUAAAUAUAAAUGUCGUCAAUUAAUGCGCAAUGUGAAUCUUGUAGAGUGAUGUUUUUCGUCUAGAUAUCGAUAUUUUAUUGUGGUCAAUCCUUUCCAUGUCCUUCUCUCCUUAGACACUGAUGACUGUUAUCCAAACCCGUGUCUAAACAACGGAACAUGUAUAGACGGGGUGAAUGACUACAAGUGCAGUUGCGUGCCUGGCUUUGAUGGGAAGAAUUGCUCAAAUAGUAAGCCGUUUAAAAUCAUUCUUUGCAUUAAGAUUUUCAGUUUCAGUCUGAACAGUGAAUGGUAAUCGUGUUCCAAGUAAAUAGGUGCACGCCCUCGCACAUUUCUUUUGGUGUAGUAGUUUUUCAUAACCUAAGUUAGAGACAUAAAGGUUUCCUUAUUUCUUUUAAAACUAAAUAAUAGGACUAUCCCUUAAACGCAAAUCAAUGGAUAAUUUUUUCUUCGCCAUUACUGAUUUGGGUAAGAUUAGUUUCUUCAGGUUACACGGGAAAAGGCAAAGCAAUACAUAAUUAUCCCUUGGUUAUUACCCAUGUUUGGGCAAGAUUACUUUUAAAAGAAUUUCUUUUCUGGAGUACGCAUGUAGAUUAAAACUGAAUGCAGUCAUUAUUAAAUGCUCAAUGUGAAUCUUGUAUAGUUAUGUUGUCCAUGUACAUAUAAAUGUUUAAUUGUGGUCAAUCCUAACCAUGUCUUUCUCUCCUUAGAUACUGAUGACUGUUAUCCAAACCCGUGUCUAAACAACGGAACAUGUAUAGACGGAGUGAAUGACUACAAGUGCAGUUGCGUGCCUGGCUUUGUAGGGAAGAAUUGCUCAAAUGGUAGGGCUUUUAAAAUCAAGUCUUAGUAUUGAGAUUUUGCAACUCAGUCUAAACAGCGAAUGGUAAUCGUGUUCGAAGUAAAUCGGCUGACGAGCUCGUCCGUUUCUUUUGGAAAAGUGUUUUUGCUUAAAUUACAGUUAUGAAGGUUUCCUACCUCCUUUAAAAAUUAAUACUAGGACUAUCCCUAAAAGGCAAAUCAAUACAAAAUUAUGUCUUUGCCAUUGCUAAUUUCAGCAGGAUUAGUUUCUUGAUGUUACACAGGAAAAUUAAAGUUAACACAAUACAUAAUUGUGACUUGCUUAUUACUGAUUUGGGGGACAUUACUUUUAAAAGAAUUUUUCAUCUGUCGUGCUCAUACGGAAUAAAACUGAAUUCCGUCAAUCAAUGUGCAAUGUGAAUCUUGUAGAGUUUUGUUUUCCGUGUACAUAUGGAUAUGUUAUUGUGGUCAAUCCUUUUCAUGUCCUUCUCUCCUUAGACACUGAUGACUGUUAUCCAAACCCGUGUCUAAACAACGGAACAUGUAUAGACGGAGUGAAUGACUACAAGUGCAGUUGCGUGCCUGGCUUUGUAGGGAAGAAUUGCUCAAAUGGUAGGGCUUUUAAAAUCAAGUCUUAGUAUUGAGAUUUUGCAACUCAGUCUAAACAGCGAAUGGUAAUCGUGUUCGAAGUAAAUCGGCUGACGAGCUCGUCCGUUUCUUUUGGAAAAGUGUUUUUGCUGAAAUUACAGUUAUGAAGGUUUCCUACCUCCUUUAAAAAUUAAUACUAGGACUAUCCCUAAAAGGCAAAUCAAUACAAAAUUAUGUCUUUGCCAUUGCUAAUUUCAGCAGGAUUAGUUUCUUGAUGUUACACAGGAAAAUUAAAGUUAACACAAUACAUAAUUGUGACUUGCUUAUUACUGAUUUGGGGGACAUUACUUUUAAAGGAGUUUUUCAUCUGUCGUGCUCAUACGGAAUAAAACUGAAUUCCGCCAAUCAAUGUGCAAUGUGAAUCUUGUAGAGUUUUGUUUUCCGUGUACAUAUGGAUAUGUUAUUGUGGUCAAUCCUUUUCAUGUCCUUCUCUCCUUAGACACUGAUGACUGUUAUCCAAACCCGUGUCUAAACAACGGAACAUGUAUAGACGGAGUGGAUGACUACAAGUGCCUUUGCUUGCCUGGAUUUGUAGGGAAGAAUUGCUCAAAUAGUAAGGCUUUUAAAAUCAAGUCUUAGUAUUGAGAUUUUCCAAGUCAGUCUAAACCGUGAAUGGUAAUCGUGUUCGAAGUAAAUCGGCUGACGAGCUCGCCUUUUUUUUGGAAAAGGGUUUUUUCAUAACUUAAAGUUAUGAAGGUUUCUUACCUCUUUAAAAAUUAAUACUAGCACUAUCCCUAAAAGGCAAAUGAAUACAUAAUGAUGCCUUGGCCAUUACUAAUUUAAAGAAGAUUUGUUUCUUGAUGUUACACAGGAAAAGGCAAAACAACACAUAAUUGUGCCUUCCUUAUUACUACUUUGGGCAAGAUUACUUUUGAAAGAAUUUUUCUUCUGUCGUGCUCAUACGGAAUAAAACUGAAUUCCGUCAAUUAAUGUGCAAUGUGAAUCUUGUAGAGUUUUGUUUUCCGUGUACAUAUGGAUAUGUUAUUGUGGUCAAUCCUUUCCAUGUCCUUCUCUCCUUAGACACUGAUAACUGUUAUCCAAACCCGUGUCUAAACAACGGAACAUGUAUAGACGAAGUGGAUGACUACAAGUGCUUUUGCGUGCCUGGCUUUGUGGGGAAGAAUUGCUCAAAUAGUAAGCCUUUAAAAUUAAUCUUAGCCUGAAGAUUUUCGGAUUUAGUCUAAACAGUGAAUGGUAAUCGUGUUCGAAGUAAAUCGGCCAACGACCUCGCUCUUUUUUUCGGAAAAGUCGUUUUCAAUGAGUUACGGAUAAAAGGUUUCUUUACUUCUUUUUAAAAUUAAUACUAGGACUAUCCCUAGAAUGCAAAUCAAUACAUAAUUAUAGCUUGGCUAUUACAAAUUUAGGCAAGAUUAGUUUCUUCAUGUUACACAGGAAAAGGCAAAGCACUACAUCAUUAUGCCUUGGUUGUUAAAACAGAUAAAUAAAUAAAUAUACCGUUUAUUUGCCACAUUGUAGAAUUAACUGAAUUAAAAGGCUAUAAAUUAACAAUUAAGAAAUAAUUAACACUACUACUACUAUAGAAACAAAAAAAAUAUCUUAAAUGACUAUUUACAUAUUCACAUAUUUGCUAGCCAAUGAAAUAAAGGUACCUGAACGCUGGGUAGGGCAACAACUCCUAACUAAUUUGGGCAAGAUUACUUUUAAUAAAAUUAACUUCCCUUGUAGAGUGCCCAUGUGGAAUAAAACUGAAUGCCGUCAAUUAAUGUGCAAUAUGAAUCUUGUAUGGUUAUUUUUCCGUGUAGAUAUGGAUAUUUUAUUGUGGUCAAUCCUUACCAUGUCCUUUUCUCCUUAGACACUGAUGACUGUUAUCCAAACCCGUGUCUAAACAACGGAGCAUGUACAGACGGAGUGAAUGACUACAAGUGCAGUUGCAUGCCUGGCUUUGUAGGGAAGAAUUGCUCAAAUAGUAAGCCUUUUAAAAUCAAGUCUUAGUAUUGAGAUUUGCGGAGUCAGUGUGAACAGUGAAUGGUAAUCGUAUUUCAAGGAAAUUGGCGCACGACUGCGCUGGUUUCUUUAGGAAAUGUCGUUUUGCAUAAUUUACAGAUAUGAAGUGAGGCUUAAUAGCCCUCGCGGCGAAUUUAAAAUAAGUAACAUAGGGGACGAUGAAGUCGAUCUUUGUCCAGAGGACAUUUCUUGUGCUAGCUGUAUUGAAGAAGAGAUAGAAAAAUUGGCCGUUGCUCAACUAAAGUUUUGGUUAAAAUGCCGCCGCAUAAAUCAAAGUGGUAAUAAGAAGGAACUGUUAAGGUAGGCUUACAUUAUCCGGCUCUGCCCGAUCGAUCAACGGAGGCAUUUGAACCAAAACUUUAGUUGAGCAACGGUCAAUUUUCUAUCUCUUCUUCAAUAAAGCUAGCACCAGGAAUGAGUAAGAUCGACUUGAUCGUCCGCCAUGUUAGUUAUUUUGAAUUUGCCGCGAGGGCUAUUAAGCCUUACUUCCAUGCAACUUCCGGUUUUUUCUGGAAUCAGAGUUUUUGGUCAAGAUUUUUUUAAAAGAAUUUUCCUUCUGGAGUGCUCGUGUGGAAUAAAACUGAAUGCCGUCAAUUAAUGCUUAAUGUGAAUCUUGUAUACUUAUGCUUUCCGUGUAGAUAUGGAUAUUUUAUUGUGGUCAAUCCUUACGAUGUCCUUCUCUCCUCAGACACUGAUAACUGUUAUCCAAACCCGUGUCUAAACAACGGAACAUGUAUAGACGGAGUGAAUGACUACAAGUGCACUUGCGUGCAUGGCUUUGUAGGGAAAAAUUGCUCAAAUAGUAAGGCUUUUAAAAUCAAGUCAAGGAAUUGAGUCUGAACAGUGAAUGGUAAUCGUGUUCCAAGUAAAUCGGCGCACGACCUCGCUCGUUUCUUUUGGAAAAGUCGUUUUGCAUAAGUUACAGAUAUGACGUUUCCUUGCCUCUUUUAAAAAUUAAUACUAGGACUAUCCCUCAAAGGCAUAUCAAUAGAGAAUUAUGCCUUGGCCAUUACUAAUUUGGGCAAGAUUAGUUUCUUCAUGUUACACAGGAAAAGGCAAAACAAUACAUAAUUAUGCCUUGGUUAUUACUAAUUUGGGCAAGAUUUUUUUAAUACUAAUUUUCCUUCUGGAGUGCCCAUGUGGAAUAAAACUGAAUGUCAUCAAUUAAUGCGCAGUGUGAAUCUUGUAUAGUUAUGUUUUCCGUGGAGAUAUGAAUAUUUUAUUGUGGAGAAUCCUUUCCAUGUCCUUCUCUCCUCAGACACUGAUGACUGUUAUCCAAACCCGUGCCUAAACAACGGAACAUGUAUAGACGGAGUGAAUGACUACAAGUGCACUUGCGUGCCUGGCUUUGCAGGGAAGAAUUGCUCAAAUAGUAAGCCUUUAAAAUCAAGUCUUAGUAUUGAGAUUUUCGGAUUCAGUCUGAACAGUGAAUGGUAAUCGUGUUUUAGGUAAAUCGGCGCACGACCUCGCUCGUUUCUUUUGGAAAAGUCGUCUUGCAUAAGUUACAGAUAUGAAGUUUCCUUACCUCUUUUAAAAUUUAAUUCUAGGACUAUCCCUAAAAGGCAAACCAAUAGAUAAUAAUUAUGCCUUGGCCAUUACUAAUUUGGUCAAGAUUAGUUUCUUUAUGUUACACAGGAAAAGGCAAAACAUUACAUAAUUAUGCCUUUUUUAUUACUAAUUUGGGAAGAUUAGUGUCAAAAGAAUUUCGUUUCUUUAGUACCCAUGUGGAAUAAAACUGAAUGCCGUCGGCCCCCAAAUUGAGCAUUUUCUCUGUCAGCGUUGCGUGAGGAAUGGGCUCAUUUAAUCUGUUCUAGGUCAAAACCAGAAACCAGAACGCGAAGAGAAGAGAAAAAGGUCAGAACGAAGAGAAAAAGGCCAAAACCAGGAGAAAGAUGCCGUUACAAAUUUAUCUUAAGAAGUGUGUUUAUGGGGCCUCAGAUUCAAAUGGUAUAUCGUAGGACCAUAAUGACUCUGCUAUUUUAUGUAGGAGAAAGUAGACGUUAUCAGAUUUCAAUUGGAACACGCGUUUCCUGAAUUUCAAUCGAAUUGAAUUCCGUAGCAUAUAAGUUUGUGGAAGUGUCAGUUGCAUUGUGGAAUAUUUUGAAUAAUGGGCGCUCAGAUUAAUUCAAUGGUCUAAAGUUUGGUCUCUUGAUUUCUCACCAGAUACGGAUGACUGUUAUCCCAGCCCAUGUGAAAACAACGGAACAUGUAUUGACGGAGUGAACAACUACACUUGCGCUUGCGUUCCUGGCUAUGAAGGAAAGAACUGCACCAUUAGUAAGUUCUUUAAUAGAAUAUAG